UGAUUUCAUUCAGAUGAAAACCCAUAAGCCCGAUUCAUAUGUGUCCUACACAUAAAACACAAUAAUCACAUCAUCAUGGCUCUUUAAAAGCAUUCAGCCUGGGCUUCCUGUGGGCUAUCUCCUCGCAAAACCUGUCAGUAACGCCCUGAAACCCAGACCGACGGGCGUGCCAGAGAGGCACUGACCGGCAAGAUAACGGUACUGCGUGCUAUUGAGCUACUGCAGCAAGCCAGAAGAGGACGUGGAGACUAGACGUAGGAAAGAAAAUAUAAUCAACACCGCGACAAGGACGUUUGUGAGUAGUCUGAUAGGUGCUCUGGAUAUGGGAAUGAAAUAAGUAAAACACGUCUGAUUUAGUCUAUAACCUGUCAGAAAUCGAACGCACUCCUGAUUGAUUUGACUAAAGAUGCAGCAUUUGUUGAAUUAUUAAUCACUGACAAUCAUCAUACCACACUUGUUCCGGCCAGAAGAGGGAUUUUAUAAUUUCGACAAUAAUUACGGUAGAUAUUGUGUGCAGGACGUUAUGUAGCCUAGCAAGCACCGAGUGAUCUUUUUUUGGGGAGAAAAAACACCAUUUCCUCAACCUUCUCCAUCGCGCCGUAACCGAACCGAACCUUCAUGGAGCCUGGAACACAGUGACGAUCUUUGCCUGGCACGGGACUGACUCGUUGGGCACCAUCUCUUGUUGCUGGGUCUGCUGUUUCAUUGUAAAGGGAUGAACUGACCAGUGCUCUUCAUAAAUGGGAACGGAGUGCUCUAUUGUUGGUCAAGUCAACACUCAAGAAAAAUCUGUUAGUAUGGCUGAGAGGACGUUGGAGACGUCUGUCUCUGUCAGCAUCCCCAUGGAGGAGACCAAACUCCCUGGGGGUGGGGGUGUGCCCACGGAGGCCCCGCUGCUCACCCACCUAAAGAAAGUGGAGAACCACAUUACGGAGGCCCAGCGGUUCUCCCACCUGCCUCGGCGCUCUGCUGUGGACAUAGAGUUCACUGAGCUGUCGUACACCAUCAGAGAGGGCCCCUGCUGGAGGAGGAGAGGUUACAAGGCCCUGUUAAAGUGUCUGUCGGGAAGGUUCUGUAGCAGGGAGCUCAUCGGCAUCAUGGGGCCGUCAGGGGCUGGCAAGUCCACUCUGAUGAACAUCCUGGCUGGGUACAGAGAGACGGGGAUGAAGGGUCAGAUCCUGGUGAACGGGCGGCCGAGGGAUUUGCGUAGCUUCAGGAAGAUGUCUUGUUACAUCAUGCAGGACGACAUGCUGCUGCCAAACCUUACCACGCGGGAGGCCAUGAUGGUGGCUGCCAAUCUGAAGAUGAAAGAGAGCAUGGAAGUGAAAAAGGAAUUGGUAGAUGAGAUCCUGACGGCCCUGGGACUGCAGGAGUGUGCCCAGACCCGCACCAUCUCUCUGUCUGGUGGGCAGUGCAAGAGACUGGCCAUCGCCCAGGAGCUGGUCAACAAUCCCCCUGUCAUGUUCUUUGAUGAGCCUACCAGUGGUCUGGACAGCGCAUCCUGUUUCCAGGUGGUCUCUCUCAUGAAGUCCUUGGCUCAGGGAGGAAGGACAAUCAUCUGCACCAUCCACCAGCCCAGCGCCAAGCUCUUUGAGAUGUUUGAUAAGCUUUACAUCCUCAGUCAGGGCCAGUGUAUAUACCAUGGCACUGUUCCUUACCUCAUCCCUUACCUGAAGAACCUGGGCCUUCACUGUCCCACCUACCACAAUCCUGCAGACUUCAUUAUUGAGGUGGCCUCUGGGGAGUAUGGGGACCUGAACUCGGUGCUGUUUGAGGCUGUGCAGGGAGGACUCUGCUCAGAAGAGGGCAAGAAGAACUCCAGCGACAAGAGUGACCCAGCCUCAUCUGGCCACUCUAACAGUCACAGCGAUACACAGUACACAGGAACGAUGGAGAAACACAGCUUUGCCACCAGCACCUGGUCACAGUUCUGCGUUCUGUUCAGAAGAACGCUAUUAACGAUAUGCAGGGAUACGGUGUUAACCCACCUCAGAGUGAUGUCCCACAUAUGUAUAGGAAUUCUGAUCGGUCUGCUCUAUCUCAACAUUGGCAAUGAUGCCAGCAAGGUCUUCAACAACACUGGCUUCCUCUUCUUCUCCAUGCUCUUCCUCAUGUUCGCUGCCCUGAUGCCCACCGUCCUCACCUUUCCUCUGGAGAUGUCAGUGUUUCUGAGGGAACAUCUCAACUACUGGUACAGCCUGAAGGCCUACUUCCUGGCCAAAACCAUGGCGGACAUACCCUUCCAGGUGAUCUGUCCCAUCAUGUACUGCAGUAUAGUAUACUGGAUGACAGAGCAGCCUCCUGAGGCAGUGCGGUACCUGCUCUUCAUGGCCUUGUCCACCUCUACAGCCCUGGUAGCCCAGUCCCUAGGCCUCCUCAUUGGGGCCGCCUCCACCUCCUUACAGGUGGCGACCUUCGUGGGCCCAGUCACAGCCAUCCCAGUGCUCCUGUUCUCUGGAUUCUUUGUCAACUUUGACACCAUCCCCAAGUACCUGCAAUGGAGCUCCUAUGUGUCCUAUGUCAGAUAUGGCUUUGAGGGGGUGAUCCUGUCCAUCUAUGGGAUGAAUCGUUCGGAGCUGGAGUGUCCUGGGGUGGUGUGUAAGUUCCAGAAGCCUGAGGAGGUUCUACAGCUACUGGACGUGGAGGAUGCUAAGCUCUACGUUGACUUCCUGGUUCUGGGUGUGUUCUUCCUGGUCCUCAGACUGGCUACGUACCUGGUGCUCAAAUACAAAGUCAUAGCAGAGCGAUAAAACGAAGAGUACAUUUAAUAUUUUUUUUGCAAGGUUUUAUCUUUUUAUUCAAAAAGGACAAUAACUUAAGUCCACAAAUUAUAGUUUCCCCUCCCUUACUAUAAGUCAUUUUAGUUUAAAAUGUCCUUACGGUAAUCCAAUUUGUUUACAGUAUUUAACCUUUAUUAUCCAACAAUACUGUGUAAAAGAACUAUACACAAACAAACAGAUACCCAAUAUAGUAACUACAGUAUAAAGCAUGUGUCUCUAUGGAAUGAAGAGGAGAUGUACAGUAGCUGGUGGGGGACAAUCCUAACAGCCCACACUGCACUACAUCCAAGAGCUCAACUCCUGUCCUCUUUACGAAGGUUCAGGAUACACAAACCUCUUGGUCCAAGAUGGGACAGGACUGUGUCAGUUUGUUUCCACCCGCAAGGCUACACGUGACUUACACAUCUCCUGUCCUUAUACAUUCCCACUGAAACCCAAAGACAUCCCAAAGGACAAUUGCACAAACACUGUGCCCGGACAAAAAGGUUGACAUAUGGACAUGUGGUGAACAUGAGAAGAGGACUCUUCAGGGCUGGGGGAGGUCUGGACGAAAGAAAAUUCUCUGAAAAUAUUCCUCCCACUCCUUUGGCUGUUUGCAAUGGAACUGGAACUGAGGCCCACUGGAGCACAGAAUUGGUCUCGGAACAGAGUCCCAGGGAUUUCAAAUCACUGGACAGUGUUCUCUCUAAAAGAGCAUACACCAGACAUGGCAGAAAGACAGCCAGAGGAUCCAUAACAAUAUGUCGUCAUUUGUCUCCACUUCCUGUGAUGUCAUAGUCUUCCCAAGAUCUUUUGGGUAAGCCCACCACCCUGACUAUUCUGGAUGUGGACCACAGACUAUGUCAGGUUUCAUUUAGUCAAUUGAAUCAAAAGAUGGAUGGACAUAAGUGGACUUGAGAAUGUGAACUCCCCCAAAAGGGUACACAUUUUGGAGAAGUGUUGAGAAUCUGGACGCAGCCCCAUAAUCAGAAUGCAUUUCAGAUGAGGAGAGUGAGAGAGGGUGUGGGUCUACUUCCCAAACAUUGACACUCGACAUUAUGCUUCUAUUGUAACCAUGCUGUGCUGUUGUUGAUUGGGGGAACAUUCCAGAACUGGACUCUAAAAACAUAGUGGAUCUUCACAGAGAUUUUACUGGACUAGCCUCCUCAACAGAAGAUAACACAGUGUUUUUCUUGACAAUGAAGGGGACUUGAUGGCUGAACUUAAGGAGUGACUUAUUUUUUGUUUGUUUGUGUAAUUGCAAUAGCCAACUCUGUGGUAGACAAUGUGUGCUUUCCUGCAAAUCAAAUGGCGUCACCAUUUGGACCCAAGACAAAAAAGCGUAAACUGCUUGUUUUUGCUUGUUAAAAGAAUGUCGACUCCUUCUCUUCUAGAGAAAUUCAAUUACUGUUCUAUUCUAUGUUGUCCUGCAUUCUGGCAGUCUGACAGGCACAUGUGUGUUGUGAAAAACAUUGUUGCUAGGUACUUGAGAUACUGUCUGGGAAGUUUUUGUGCCUCUGCACUGGAACGGUCUGAGCGUCACAUUAUUUGCACAUAGACCAUAUGCUAACACUCAUACACAGACAUAGAUACACACACGCACACACACACACAUGCACAACCAUACACACAGCUAUGUUUAGCCAAGCUUCUUUGUGUCACAAGGCAAUGCAAAUAUUUUUUUUUCUCCAAUAGACUAUAUUGCUAUGGAAAGAUUUCUGACUCAAACUAUGCUACGUAGUAAUCCUCAUUAUAAUUGGCACAAUGGAUUUAUAACACCACCAUGUCCUGUGUGUUCAGAACUUAUAAUAAUAAUGUCAGUAUAUAAUCAAAUGAUUGUACAGUGAGUAUGUUAUGCUGUAAAGAAAAUGUACAUAUGCACUUUUUGAUGUAUGUUUAUAGCUUCUUUAUUUGUGUAUUUUUUUUUAUUUUUUUUAUAUAUCCAUGUGAAAAGUGCUGCUUGAAGGGGUCAGCAACUAGAUGUUGCAUGAUGAUUUGUGGAAGGAAAUAAUGAACUAUAACAUUUGAAACAUUAUAUAGAGGAAUGGUGACCCACUAAAGUAUUAUCUUAUUCUCUCCCCAAAUAUUUACCCAAGUUGGUACCAGAGUUUUACCUGUUCUUUCUUUUUGACAUUUACUCUGGAUACCCAUGAUUCCUUGACAGUGAUGGUGUACAUUCUAAAGCAGGGAUACAAAGAUGUGAACAAGACAGCAGACACAGAAGUCUGAGGCUGUCUGAAAAGUACUUACCGAUAUUGUAAUUUCUGUUAAAAACAAAAUACCAGGAUGUUAUCAUACCUAGUUUCAAGUCCAUUGUGCAAUAUUCUAUUAUAGAGGGAGAGACAGUUGAGUAGAAAUGUAUGUGCUGUAACCAACUCUUCUAUCAUUGCCAUGCGAUGAUACAUUCUGUUUGGCAUGACAAGAUAGAAGAGUUGGCUGCCUCCCAUACAGUAUGGGACCAGGCUACAAGUGUGGUUGGGGAGCUGUAUGUGAAUUCAGCCUUAAAGCAGGAUUAGAAUGAUAAUGUAUAUUUAGUCUCUGUUCCUGUGGCUUAGUCUUAGUCUCUUAAUAAAGGAAGACAACAGAACAGAUUGUCUUGAAUCUCUUACAAAUAGCAAUAGUCUCUCUGCUUUGUCAGUUUUACCUAAUUUCUCCCCCUCAGAUAUUUUUGCAGUGCUCAUGUUAUGUCUCUGACCUGUUUAGUUGUUUUUUUGUAUUGGAAAAGAUGCACAUCCAAUGUCUUUGUACAAGAGCUGGAUACCCCCCCCCCCCCAAAAUAUGUUCUGCAAAUGAUAGAGAAUUUUUUUGUUGUAGCCUAUUCAUGCUAUGUGUGCAAUACCCAUCCGAGGGCAUUUUACCUCUUUGUAGACUGAUUUUAGGGCGAGAAGAAUGUGACGUGCCACUGUGGCUCAGCCAGAAAAUCUAUCAUGUUAUGUUUGCAUUGUGUUAAGCUCGGCAUAUGACACGUUUUGGGAAAUGCCAGUCAGUGCAGAAUUUUGCCCUGUAUUCAGGCAUGGCUAAUGAUGAUCAUUGAUUAUCCUUCCGAGUGUUGCACUGGUAUGAAGGGCAAUGAUGCUGCUGGAUAUUGAUUAUUUAUAGUGGAAUAACAGACUGUUUUACACCACCAUACUUUUUUUUGUUGUCUUACUAUAAUGUCUUAUCUUGUUGUGUUUAUUUGGUUUGUUUAUCAUUCUGUUGAUGUAAUUGUUCUUAUCAACUUCAACAAUGCAAGCUCUGUGUACUGAACGCAGUUCAGAAGAUUACAAUAAAGACAAUUAUUUAUAA